AUGUCAAAUAAAAGCAAUACUUCAGCAACCGUAUUAGGACCUAUAAACUUUUAUAUUUUGGUUGGGGCACUUUCUAUAUUGAAACCAAUAUUUUCAAUAAUAUUGGCGGUCUACCUUGGUUGGGUUGGAGUGGUAUUUUUAUCAGAUACUUUUUAUUUUCAACAAGAUCCUUCUUUAUUAAUAUGUAAGAUUCCAAUUGUAUCAUAUAUCCCAUUAUGUCAAUCCCCAAUACCGGAUUUCUCAAAAUUGGUUAAUAGACAAGUAGAAACCUAUGAACAAAUCAUGGAUCAACAAUUAUCAUAUAAUGGUCCAUCAUCAUCUUUAGCAUUGGAUAUUAAAAAGGCCGAAUUGGCCACGGCGGAUUUGAGAACCUUGAUAAAAUAUUCCUCUUUAACCACAUCAAAUGAAUUAGUUGACAGGUUAACAGAGUUUGUAGAUAAGGCAAGGAUCGUUGGUAGAAGUUUACAAUUGCUUCAAGCUAGAACGAGAAGUUCUUUAGACAAUUUGAUUACUUAUAAUUUAUUUGCUUUAAAAGCGUUAGAAAAUGUUAGGGAUAAUAAAGCUAGUUCGAAAGAAUUGUCAGUAGCUUAUAAUCAAAUGAUGUCCCUCAUCGAGAGUGAUUUAAAACGAAUGAUCUUGGUCGGUCAAGAUGCGCUUGGAAGUUUGACAGAUCUAGAUGAAAUGUUAAUGUCAAUACAUGAUUUGGCAACGCAAGAAUCAACGUAUCAAAAAACCGAACAUAAUAAAUUGUUGGCGGAUUUAUGGUCUAGAUUAGGUUUUAAUGUAGUGAAAAGACAAAUAUUUCAAGACAACCUCGAAUUAUUAAUCGAUUUAGAUAGGCAGCGUCGUUUGGCUGUAUCACAAGUGCAAACUACUUUGUACAGUUUAACCUCUUAUCAAUUAGAUAUGGAAGAAUUGCGUGAACAUGUUUCUAGACCGAGUAUCAUCGAGAUGCCGGUUGAAUUACAUAUCGAAAAUGUUGGUAAAGGUAUUGAAAGAUUAAGACAUAGUAAAGUUGCAUUAAAAAGCGAUGAUGAUACCAGACACUUUAAAUUAAUCAGUCAAUCUAAAAACGAAGACAACACCAUUAAACAAUAG